CAAAUAUCUAGUAUACUGGAUAUUGUGUUGUGUACUCUGAUGUAUACACAAGUCACCAUGUCUACUGAGAUUGUGUUGUUAUUUUCUGUCAGUGUUGAGUAGGUACGAGAAAGAUGAAUUCAGCUAAAGUCAAGCACUUGCGCUGUGAAUGUUUACUUCUUUCUUCAUUGUGAUCUGAACAGACAGUGUCUCCAGGAUGGCAGACAGACUUUAAAAGCAGACAGACGGUAAUCUCCCAGCAGCAGAGGGCUUGACGUUCUACAUUAGUUUUUCCUGGUCACCCUUACAUAUACAAUCCCUUGGAUUCGUCCAUUUCCCUCUCUCCAUCCCGUCUCUUUGAGAAUGGAUGGUCAGCAGUCUCUACAGGCCAGUGUGAACUCCUCUUACAUUCCCACCACCAUGUGUGACGAAGAGCAUUCAGAGGGUGAGGCAGCUGGGGACGACACUUCACCAUUGCUUUCCCAAAAGCAGCCAGCAGGGCCCCUGGCGGCCCGUCACUGCCCGGAGGACUCUUUCAAUCUAGUGUAUAUCAUCUUCUUCCUGAUGGGCAUCGGCUCUCUGCUGCCCUGGAAUGUCUUCAUCACGGCCAAACAGUACUGGCUCUACAAACUCAGUAACAACUCUAGCCCUACUGGUCAAGAGGAACCUCACAACGACCUGGGCGACUACUUUGAGAGUUACAUCGCCAUUGCUUCCACUAUUCCCUCAGUGCUGUGUCUCAUCCUCAACUACCUCUUGGUCAACAGGUUCUCCUCUCAGGUGCGGAUAAUGUUCUCCCUCCUGGUGAUCUUGGUUGUGUUUGUGGUGACCACAGUGCUGGUGAAAGUGGACAUGUCUGGGUGUAGGAUGCAGUUUUUUGGGGGUACACUGGCCAGUGUGGCUCUGGUCAGCGGGGCGUCCAACAUCUUCUCUGGCAGUGUGUUCGGUAUCAGUGGCCACUUUCCAAUGAGGAUAUCCCAAGCAGUCAUAUCAGGUCAGGCUAUGGGCGGCACUUUGAGUGCAUUUGCAUCAAUAGUAGAUCUGGCUGCCUCGAGUGAUGUGACCAACAGUGCGCUGGUGUAUUUCAUCACUGCGGACAUCUUCACUCUUGUCUGUAUCAUGAUGUACCUGCUGCUGCCCAGACUGCCUUACUCGAGAUACUACAUGGAAGUAGCUGGUGCACCCUAUAGUGAGUCUAACAGCUACUCAGACUCCUCAUCUGUAUCCGUGCCACCCCUCAAACCCAUCCUGAAGAAGACCUGGGUGCUGGGCAGCUGCGUCUUCUACGUUUUCUUCAUCUCCAUCAUGAUUUUUCCUGCCGUCUCCUCUGGAAUCCAGUCCAUGAGUAAAGACUCUGGAAACCCGUGGGCUACUACAUACUUUGUGCCUCUGACUAGUUUUCUACUGUACAACGUUGCAGACUUCUGUGGCCGGCAGGUCACCGCUUGGCUGCAGGUGCCGGGGCCCACCAGCUGCGUGCUGCCAGUGCUGGUGAUCUCCAGAACCGCCUUGGUUCCUCUGUUCAUUUUCUGCAACUAUCAGCCCCGGUACCACCUGCACAAUGUAUUCUUUGCACAUGACCUCUUCCCAGUCGUCUUCGUUUGUCUGCUGGGGAUUUCCAAUGGGUACCUGGGCACACUGCCCAUGAUCUACGGGCCCAAAGUCGUGCCGCGGGAGCUGGCUGAGCCUGCGGGUGUCGUCAUGUCCUUCUUCCUCACGCUGGGGCUUGCUGUGGGUUCAGCCCUCUCUGUGGUGCUCGUUCACUCCAUCUGAGUGUAAAUGACUCUGAAGGAUAGCUGCCUUUUAGACUUUUAAAGUGUUGCCACAAGACUGAUUGUUUACACUACAGCACUCAAGAAGACUUUUGCCAAUUUUUAAAAAAAAAAAUCUUUUAUGUGGUGUUACAGUCUUAAUCCAUUUUAAGGUUCCCAAUGAAAUGGAUGGGUUUUUUUGUUUGGUUGGUUGUGUUUUUCUUUUUGAAAUCAGUUAUUUUUAAAUGCUCUUCUAAUUGCUUUUACAGUCAAUUUUAAGGUGAAUUUUAUUAUUUUUGCUUUUUUUUCUUUUAGAAAAUAUGCAGUCAUGUUUGGGGUCAAUAAAACAUUUUGCAUAAAAAGAAGCAUUGUAUGUUAUUUUUCUGCAAUAACACACAGGUAUAACCUGGUUUUACUGUGCUUUCAGGUUUUUUUGUUGUUGUUGUUGAUUUAAUUCAAUGCAAAAAUAUAGCAUAUCUAACAUCAAAAAAAAGAGGAAAAAAAUAGAAACCUGUCAUUAUAAUUGACACUCAACCUUUUCAGAAAUGGAAAAAUGAACUAAAAAUGAAAUGAAAUGAAAUGGAAGAAAAACAUUCAGGGUGUGAUGUUAAAUUGGUGACCCUUGUGCAGAAUUAUGUGUGACUGCUCUCUAUACUUAUAUUUGUAUGACAACAAAACUUUAAAAUAGCUGAAACAAGUAGUGAUACGCCAUGUACUUCAGGAAUGUCUACUACUAUCUUGAAGGAAACAUUUCAAAAUAUUUGACCCUGGACCACAAAACCAGUCUUAAGUAGCACAGGUUUAUUUGUAGCAAUUUGUAUGGGUCAAAAUUAUCGAUUUUUCCUUUAUGCCGAAAAUCUUUAGGAUAGCUCUUUAGGAUGUAUAUAUUACAGACGCUCCUGAUGUUAACAUGCUUACAGAUGUUUGUUUAUUUAUUUAUUUUUCUCUAGUGAUCUGAUACCUGCACCACAGAUGAAUGCUACAUGAAUGCCACAUGAAGAAUGCUGUACCAACAUCAGAUGUUCAACUACACUGAUAUUUUAUCGUAAAACAAUUUCCUGGACUACUGAUGAUGAGUUUUAUUUCUUAAAUCCAUGGAAAGAAGCAGCAAUCACUUAAAUAUCAGGUAUAAUUUACUUGUUGAACAGAAUUCAGAAAACAGUUUUCAGGAAUGACACAAAGUCUGUUCACAUCUCUAUAUCUCUAUGGUUAGAUCAGUGUAGUCAGUAAUGUUGUUUUGACCUUCGUUAUGUACAUUUUGAU